UAAAAGGCCCAUCAUAAAAAGAAGUUAGACCCAUAGAAAGAGUAAAAGCCCUCGUGGCCCUCCUCUAUAAAAUACAGUGUGUGCAAUUAGGGUUUUAUUAGGGUCAGAGUACACUCUUCACUCGCGUAGCAGCGGCAUCAACUAGUCUCAGGAGGAGAAAAAUGUCUCACAGGAAGUUCGAGCACCCAAGGCACGGAUCAUUGGGAUUUCUCCCAAGGAAGCGUGCUGCUCGUCACAGAGGAAAAGUGAAGGCAUUCCCUAAGGAUGACCCAACAAAGGCACCCAAGCUUACUGCCUUCUUGGGUUACAAGGCUGGUAUGACACACAUUGUCAGAGAAGUCGAGAAACCAGGAUCCAAGCUUCACAAGAAGGAGACCUGUGAGCCAGUUACGAUCAUUGAGACCCCUCCAAUGAUUGUUGUUGGUGUUGUUGGUUAUGUGAAAACUCCCCGCGGUCUUCGAACUUUGAAUACUGUUUGGACUCAGCAUUUGAGUGAAGAAAUCAAGCGUAGGUUCUACAAGAAUUGGUGCAAGUCCAAGAAGAAGGCUUUCACUAAGUAUUCAAAGCAGUAUGAAACUGAUGAAGGAAAGAAGAACAUUCAGACCCAGCUUGAGAAACUGAAGAAGUAUGCAACUGUUAUCCGUGUUCUGGCUCACACUCAGAUCAAGAAGAUGAAGGGAUUGAAGCAGAAGAAAGCCCACAUUAUGGAGAUUCAGGUUAAUGGUGGUACUAUUGCUCAGAAGGUGGACUUUGCUUACAGCUUUUUUGAGAAACAGGUUCCUAUUGAUGCUGUUUUCCAGAAGGAUGAAAUGAUUGACAUCAUUGGAGUCACCAAAGGUAAGGGUUAUGAAGGUGUUGUGACUCGUUGGGGUGUUACACGUCUUCCCCGUAAGACUCACAGGGGUUUGAGGAAGGUGGCAUGUAUUGGUGCAUGGCAUCCUGCUAGGGUUUCUUUCACUGUUGCCAGAGCUGGUCAGAAUGGAUACCAUCACCGUACUGAGCUGAACAAGAAAAUUUACAAGCUUGGCAAGUCUGGAGAAGAGACCCAUGAUGCCCAAACUGAUUAUGAUAGGACUGAGAAAGACAUCACCCCAAUGGGUGGAUUCCCCCACUAUGGUGUUGUGAAGGAGGAUUAUCUGAUGAUCAAGGGAGGUGUUGUUGGUCCCAAGAAAAGGGUUAUUACUUUGCGUCAGUCUCUACUCAAGCAGACUUCUCGCAAUGCUUUGGAGGAUAUCAAACUUAAGUUUAUCGAUACCUCUUCAAAGUUUGGGCAUGGUCGCUUCCAGACAACACAAGAGAAACAGAAGUUCUAUGGACGCCUCAAAGCUUAGUUAUGGCUGCUGCUUUGAAAUGUUGGAACUCGUUAUUUAUGUUAUUUUUGUUGCCAUCCUUUUAAACUCUGUAGUGGUGUCUUCCAUUAGCUAUUUUGGUAAUCCGUGCAUACUCAUGGGUUAUUUUUGCAGUACUUUUUUUCAUUUUGGAUUGAGUUGCACCUAUAAUACUUCCAAUUUUGAUAUAUGAUUCCCUUUCCGUAAAUUA